UAUUAUUAUUGGUAUUAUUAUAUCGUAUAUUUUAUCACUAUAGUACAAUAUUAAUAUUAUUGUGUAAGGUUGUGUAAAUUUAUAUGGGAUUCCAGUAGUAUACAGUAUAAAUCAAAUUAGUAUAUAUAAUAAUGAUAAAAAAUAUAUGUAAUAUAGGAUUAGCUAAAGAAUCUUACAAUUUAUUUCAAAAACGUUACUUGGUUCGUAUUGUAGAGUCGGCCGACGACUACAAGGCUACAAUACUUCAGGAUAAAUUAGUACUGGCUAAGUUUAGUGCGAGUUGGUGUAAACCUUGUCAGAAGGCCAAGCCGGUGGUUGAAGAGCUCAGCAACGAGCUUCCUCACCUCAACUUUAUCGACGUCGAUGUUGACAACCUUCCACAGAUUGCUGAUGAAGAAGGAGUAAAAACCAUCCCAUUUUUCAAGUUAUUUAAAAAUGGGAAGCUAUUAGAUGAAAUUACAGGUUGCGAUAAAGCUCAGUUGAAAGAUUUAAUAUUGAAACAUAAUAAUUCUUAAUAUUACAUCUCUUUUUGUUC